GACCCUCUUGGGUGAAAAUGGCGGACACAUAUCCUCUUGUCUCGAACGUUUCUUCGCUAAAAAAAUAAAUAAAUAACACAACAUAACUGCUGCAGCUUUAGGCGCUUAUCGUUUAUUUGCAAACGUCUUGGUUCAAGGAAAAGUUCGGGCCGUGAGACGACUGACGCAGCGUUCAUGCUCUGAACGGUUCAGAGAGCAACACUGCAUUAAAGGAGACUUUCUCGUAAAAGACAUCUGAAAGCUGCUGUUAUUCAACGUCCAUGAUGUCUGAACAAUUGAUGAGACGGUACAGGGUCCAAGUGAACGCAACGAUGGACUCGGUCUUAAGGAAGGCUGUGCUUGAAGUCAUGACCAUUUUUGAAAACACCCUACAUGACCAUCAAAUGGAGAUGGCACAGAAAGUGGAAGAGGUUGCUCAGCUGAAGAUAAAACUUCAGGCAGCUGAGCUGAGGUUGAAAGACCUCCAGUUAUCAGGUGGAGUAGCGACAAUCCAAACUCAGACAGAGUCUAAAGUUUUUCUGGAUGCCCCAUCACCAACUUCCGAGGUUCCUGAAAUUGAUGUAGAUGUACCUGAUGACUGGUGUGCUCCGCUGGGCUGCGAGGUUGUGACCAAGGAAGAGGAUGAUGCGUGUCCCAGCGUAAGACUGCGCCAGUUUUCCAUUCCUUUGUGGAACAUCCCGAUCCGGAAGCAAGAGUUGCAUAACUCUGACAUCAACCCCAAGUGUUCCAAUGCUGGCCGGAGACCCCCGAGAAUUUCUUCUUUAAUUGCAAAGUCCAAACUGAUCCGAGAUGAAAAACGUACUGUUUCUGGUCUGGGAAGCCAACGUAAGGCAAUGAGAAAUGACAUGAAGAGAUUGCUGCAAGACAUGAAAUGGGCGUACUCUGAUCUACCAGGUUUGGAUGGCUGUAGAAGGAGUAGAAGGAAUUAUUUGACACAAAAAGAGCAAGAGAGUCCAGCAGAGCACAAAGAAGAGCAGAGCAAACAUACAGCAGUGGGAAAUGACAAAAAUAAAUACCCCUGUAGGUUUUGCAACAAGGUAUUUGAUACAAAAGCGGCUCAAAAAACACACGACUGUUGUCACAAGAAGUGCAGCGGCUGCAAACAAAUCUUCCACUUUCCAAGUUCUCUGAAGCAUCAUAAAAAGUAUUGUUCAAAAUUCAAGAAAUUGUCAUUAGAAAUGGCCCCCAACACUCCAAAAUCCUCCAGUGAUAAAGAAAGUGGACCUGCUCCAUGCAAAACACAGGUGAUCAAGAAAGUAAGCACACAAUCCUCUGGUAACGCCAAAGAAACAUCUACCAAAGAGUUCUCCUGUAGACACUGCAUCUGCAAGUUUACUGUCCGCUCUAAGCUUGCAGAACACAUGCAUAGUCAUUCUCGUGAACUGUGGCAUACUUGUAACAUAUGUUUGAUGAAAUUUUCCCGCCUCCAGGCACUCGGAGUGCACAUGACGAGAAAACACAAAAACCACACCAGUUCCAUUGAUUUAAACGGAGACCUUGAAUGGACCAAGCCCUUAGAAGAUAACAACGAUGAAAAGAAUUCAGUCUCUCCUAGGAAAGAAACCAAUGAAAUCAGAGCUCAGAGAACAUACUUGGAAGAUUGGCGCACAAUGGGUACUCGGUGCCCAGAAGGUUUCACCUGCCUCUUGUGUCAUCGGAUCCUGAAAAACAAAACUAUAUUGAUUGAACACUUUCGCAUCCACACAGGAGAAAAGCCACUUGCCUGUAAAUUGUGUCCUGCAAGCUUUCGUUUUAAGACAGGGCUACGUACGCAUAUAAAAAGAUUUCAUCAACCCAAAGACACCAACUCAGUGUGUGGAGAGCUUAUUCCUUGAAAACAACGCAUAAAAAGCAUGUGUCCAAAUGUCAUAGGGAGUAGUCCUAAAGCAGUGGUUCCCAAACUUUUUCUGCAAGGCCCCCUUUUCAUCAACAGUAAUGUCAGUUUUCUGAUUUCCAAUUUGUUGAUAAUUUUAGUAAUUUUUUUUAAGUAAAGGUCCAUUUUUUUUUCCAACAUAUACUUUAUGUUGUUUGCUGUUAUCAUGACUUGUGCUUCCGUGGGCCACAGCUACAUCAUUCAGUCUUUGACAUCAUCCCAAUUUGGCUGAUUGUGGAGUCAGUUUGUUGUAGCUCAUAGUUUUGCCUAUAUUUGUUGCAUUAAUUUGAAUGUAUUUGGUCUUUUAACCCUCUUUUGUCAUAAAAAAUGUUAUAUAACAUUGCAUUGUAUCAAAUGAUUUUACCCUUUAUACUUGAUUUUUUUUCCUCUUUAUUAUUUAAUCACAAGUUUUUGUUUAGUUUUUACUUGCCUUUUACUGUGAUGCAUGUAACAUCUGAAGCAUAGUUUUUUUUGUGGAAUGUGUCCUCAGCUUUCAAUUUAUUUCUUGAAAAAUUGUUCUUGUGUUGCUCCAUUAAAGCAUUAACAUAAAAUAAA